CCUCCUCUGGACUCUGACUGGAGGGAAACCUCCGGGCGCUCCGCGGACUUUCAGGACUUUACAUCAGCUCCAGACGCGGCUCCGCGGCUCCGGACGCCGCCGAGAAGCUUCAAAGUCAGGAUAAAGUCGCAGGUUUGGCCCGCAGAGGGGAUAAAUACCGUAAAGGAGCGUCGCUGGUCCAGUGGAGGAGCAGAAAGAGAGCGGAGCCGCUGAUCUCAGUACCAUGACCCUCCCGCCCAGCAGCAGGACUCCCUCCGCCUGCGCCCUUGGCCACAGCCUGACAUGAAGGACUGAAGUGUGAGGACGCGGCGCCCCCUGCUGGACCCCCGCUGUCAGCCAUGGCUGAGCCCAGUUACUCCGACCUGAUUGCCAAACACUACAACUACACUGGCAAGUACCGCAAGACGCAGCAGGACUCGGGCCUGAAGGCCGACUCGGUGGUCUUCAUCAUCGUGUGCUGCUUCAUCAUCCUCGAGAACAUCCUGGUUCUCACCACCAUCUGGAGGACCAAGAAGUUCCACAAGCCCAUGUACUACUUCAUCGGGAACCUGGCGCUGUCCGACCUGCUGGCCGGCGUGGUCUACACCGCCAACAUCCUGCUGUCGGGCGCCAACACCUACAAGCUGACGCCCACGCAGUGGUUCUUCCGAGAGGGCAGCAUGUUCGUGGCGCUGGCGGCGUCCGUCUUCAGCCUGCUGGCCAUCGCGAUCGAGCGGCACCUCACCAUGCUGAAGAUGAAACUGCACAACAACGGCAACACGUGCCGCGUCUUCCUGCUCAUCAGCACGGUGUGGAUGAUCGCGGCGGUGCUGGGCGGGCUGCCCGUCAUGGGCUGGAACUGCAUCCAGAGCAUGACGCAGUGCUCCACCGUGCUGCCGCUCUACCACAAGACCUACAUCCUCUUCUGCACCACCGUCUUCAGCAUCAUCCUCAUGGCCAUCGUGGUGCUUUACGCCCGCAUCUACGCCUUGGUGCGCACGCGCAGCCGCAAGCUCGUCUUCCGCAAGGUCACCAACGGCCGUUCGAACGCCGGCGCCAACAGCAAGAGCUCCGAGAAGUCCCUGGCACUGCUGAAGACCGUCAUCAUCGUGCUGAGCUGCUUCAUCGCCUGCUGGGCGCCGCUCUUCAUCCUGCUGCUGCUGGACGCCGCCUGCGAGACGCUCAGCUGCCCCAUCCUGUACAAGGCCGAGUGGUUCCUGGCACUCGCCGUCCUCAACUCCGCCAUGAACCCGCUCAUCUACACGCUGACCAGCAACGAGAUGCGCCGGGCCUUCCUGAAGACGCUGCUGUGCUGCACUUCCUGCCUCCGGCCCGGGACCAAGUUCACCGGACCCGUCAUGGGGGCGGAGUUCAGCCGCAGCAAGUCGGAUAACUCCUCCCACCCUAACAAGGAGGACGCCGAGUACUCGCCCAGGGAGACGACGACGGCGGCGUCCUCAGGGAACAUCGCCUCCUCAUCCUAAACGCGCAGGCGACUGUGGGUUAGCGUUAGCAUUAGCACGGCGUUAUCACAAAGCUUCAGCUGACUGCAGCACUGGGGGAGACUUUGGCUGAUCUGGGACCAGUGAACUCUGUCAUCACUCUGUACGUAGCUCACCGCCCUCACGCCGCCUGCAGGGGACGGCACCGCUGGAGGUCUACGGGCGGCGUCUGCCGCCGUUGUAGCUCGGGUUCACCGUGUGGCCGGAGGAGACCCCGACAUUUCCCCGAGAGCUGCAGUGGACGGUUCAAACCUGGCCAGGCGUUCACAGCAGCCGUAGUGCUGAAUUAUUGAUAUUACCGAGUAACACUCCGGAGCUUCAUAGAAAGUUGUAUUGAUCCUGGUAGACGAUUCAGACUUUAUACUCACCCUCUAAGAGCUUGUAGAGUCGGUAGCACUUAAACACAAAACUGUCCGAUAUUUAAAUUAAUGCGUUUGUUCCGCCCAUUUUACUUAAAGGUACAGUGUGUAAGAUUUUCCCAUUUGAAAUCCUUGAAAAACAAAACAAGGGGAAAAAAAAACUGUUCUGUUUUUUUCCAUUGAUGUGUGUGUGUUGUCCACUGAAGUUAGUCCGCUAACCCGCAGUCUUUUAUUCACCGGCUCACUACUGCCAUCAAAAGCACGAAAGGGGCAUUACUAAAAUUUUACAUAUUGUACCUUUAAAAUAUUUUCACAUUGUAUAAAACUGCAGAUGGAUUCAGAGCUCAGGUGCUUCUCUGAAGGUUUUCAGAGCGACUUACAACUUUUGAAAACUGGAGAUAAAAACUUACUGUUUGGUAGUGAGACUGACAUUAAACAAACAUAAAUUCAAGCCAACAAAAUUAUUUAUAUUUUUAAACUGGUUUAAAAUAAUCUUUUUUUCAUCUUUAAUAAAAUGUAGAUUUAGCAUGAUAGACUUUUUGAAAAGUUUUAUUUUGUCGCGUUAAAGUAAAUAAUUCACAAAAUUAAAAGCAAAAAUGGACUUUAGCCAUUAACAAUAACAAUUACAGGGUCUUUAAAUUAAUGAAUCUGGUAGGAUGGAAAAUACUUUUUAAUAAAAUUCAGUCAGUUCAAAAAAUAUUUUGAAGUUUUCUAAAAGCUUUUAAUAUUUUUAUCUGAAGUUUGUAUAUCAACAUGAAUAUUUAAAAAAUGAACACCACUCAAUUUUAAAACUCCUGGUGGAAAAGUGCUUUCAAAAAGGAUUCUUUAGUUUCAAAGGGUAAAAUGAAAAAGUAUUGACCAGUUAAAAUUGCUCUCAUAUUCCGGGUAGAUUUUUUUUUUUUAAGUAGCAAACAUCCAUUGUUCAUGAUGUUUUCAUCAAUGGAUAUACAUUUUUGAUUUGACACAUUUUUUUUAUUAAUAAAGAAGAUGGGAUUCCUAAAUGUACAAUUAUAUAAUUAAUACGUUACAUUAAAUAUAGAAUUUCAAGAAUCGUUGUAUUGCAUAAGUUUAUCUUGAAGUCAACUCUAAAAUAAAAAAAGGUUGCAAUUGCUUUAAAAAAAUUAAAUCAUAGUAAGAACAGUGUGUCUAUAUCUUCACAAAAUGAUGGGCUUGAAUGCAACAAUUGCCUUGUGUUAAUUUUGAGUAAAGAACGAAAGAAGCCUGAAAAAAGUCACUUUUUUUACACAAUCAUUCACAAAUAAAAUCCAUUUAGAAUAAAUCUGAGCUGGAAGAUAGAUUGAAUAGUGAAUAAAAUAACUUGAGAUUCAACUUUUCAAUUAUAUUUUGACAUUCUUCCAAAUGACACUCUUAUUGAUUUUAAGUCAAGUUAACAAGCCUUUUAAACAGUGUUUCUUUGAUUUAGAAUUUUUCCAAAUUAUUAUAGAUCAGAAAAAAAACAUGAAAUCAAUAAAUAUUAAAAAAGAAGAAGAUACAGUCUUUUUUAUUUACUCUUUCACACAGUGUGUCAUUUCAAAUUGACUUCAAUUAAAAUUCAAUUAAAAAAGUUUGGCUCAUAGUUUAGGCUGAUUUUAAAGUGCAGUUUGCUGCGUGUGAGAAGCACCUGAGCUCAACUUCCUGUUUGUCCAGUCAUGUCUGUGUAAAAAGUUUAACUGUUUUAGAAGAAUGUUGGUAAGAAUGUAUUUUCUACUUCUCGUCUGUGUCGCUGCUGUCGUCAUAGAAAUGUGUGUGUAGAUGAAAUUAAUUUAUGUUUGAAAACAGGAAAGGCAGAAAAAUCACUUCUGUUUG